UCCCCUCCAGAGCCCUAGGCGUCCCCCGCACCGUCUCCGAGGGACGUCCAGAAGUUAGCCCCAGCCGGCUUGGAAGCUCCAGUCUCUGCAAAAAUGGCUGGUGAUUCUAGGAAUGCCAUGAACCAGGACAUGGAGAUUGGAGUCACUCCCCGAGACCUCAAGAAGAUUCCCAAACAGGCACGGGACUACAUCCCCAUUGCCACAGAUCGCACUCGAUUGCUGGCAGAAGGCAAGAAGCCCCGCCAACGUUACAUGGAGAAGAGUGGAAAGUGCAACGUGCACCAUGGCAAUGUUCAGGAAACCUACCGCUACCUGAGCGACCUCUUCACCACACUGGUGGACCUCAAGUGGCGCUUCAACCUGCUGGUCUUCACCAUGGUCUACACUAUCACGUGGCUAUUCUUUGGCUUCAUUUGGUGGCUCAUUGCUUACAUCCGAGGUGAUCUGGACCAUGUGGGUGACCAAGAGUGGAUUCCUUGUGUUGAGAAUCUCAGUGGUUUUGUGUCUGCUUUCCUGUUCUCCAUUGAGACCGAAACAACCAUCGGAUAUGGCUUCCGGGUCAUCACAGAGAAGUGCCCAGAAGGGAUCAUACUCCUCUUGGUACAGGCCAUCCUGGGCUCCAUCGUCAAUGCCUUCAUGGUGGGCUGCAUGUUUGUCAAGAUCAGCCAGCCAAAGAAGAGAGCAGAGACCCUCAUGUUUUCCAACAACGCUGUCAUCUCCAUGCGGGAUGAGAAGCUGUGCCUCAUGUUCCGGGUGGGUGACCUCCGCAACUCCCACAUCGUGGAGGCCUCCAUCCGUGCCAAGCUCAUUAAGUCCCGGCAGACCAAAGAAGGGGAGUUCAUCCCUCUGAACCAGACCGACAUAAACGUGGGCUUUGAUACUGGCGAUGACCGUCUCUUCCUAGUAUCUCCACUCAUCAUCUCCCACGAGAUUAACGAGAAGAGCCCUUUCUGGGAGAUGUCUCGUGCUCAGCUGGAUCAGGAAGAGUUUGAAGUUGUGGUCAUUCUAGAAGGGAUGGUGGAAGCAACAGGCAUGACUUGCCAAGCACGAAGCUCUUACAUGGAUACAGAGGUUCUCUGGGGCCACCGAUUCACACCAGUCCUCACCUUGGAAAAGGGCUUCUAUGAGGUGGACUACAACACUUUCCAUGAUACCUAUGAGACCAACACACCUAGCUGCUGUGCCAAGGAGCUGGCAGAAAUGAAGCGGGAUGGUCGGCUCUUCCAGUACCUUCCCAGCCCUCCCUUACUGGGAGGUUGUGCUGGGAAGGACGUUGAGACUGAGCAGGAAGAAGAGGAUGAACCCAAUGGACUGAGUAUGUCCCAGGAGAUCAAGGGCUCAAUGUAAGGACUAUGUUCUAAAUAAAGCCUCCUUUCCCCAGCUUC